AUGAAAAAAGAGGCCGAGGCCCUCACCCUCCAAAUCAAAACCAUGGAGAGCCUCAACAAAUCGAUCAGUCAGGCAUCGAUAAACCUGUCGUUGGAGGAGGAAGAACAGGUGGCCGAACUCAGCCCUAAGCUCAAGGCCACAAAGAAAAAAAUAGAAGACAUACAUAUAUUCAUUACUAAAAACAGAAACGUCCAUACGGAACUAAAGGAAAUGUGUGGCAGCCUCAGGUCAACAAUAAAUAGCGUGGCGAAAGAGUAUAUUAGGGACAAGACCUCAGAGCUAGAAAAAGGAGGUGAAUUUACCAGGGAAAUAAAAAGGCUUGGAGAGAUAAUCAGAAACCACAACGAACCCAAAAGUAGACUAUGCGAAAAGUGCGCAAUAAACGCGGACACAAUGCCAGACACCCUUAAGAGCAUACCGUCGGAUAUCACUUAUGAAAUCUUCCAAGAAAUAGAAGAUAAAACUUGGGAGGAAAAAGCAUAUAAGAACACGGAGACUAAGGUCAGGGACCCCACUACGUGCAGGGAAUCCUCAGCAAAGGUCGUGUUUAUAGAACCUGGAAAUGAAAAAAUGGCCGAAAGCAUCCAAAGGAUAUACCUGAACAGAUACCCUAAUCUGGGAGAGAUCAAAGAGGACUACGGCUCCUUGUAUCAGGCAAUAAGUAUAAGAAACUCUGAAGGAGUAACGUGCAAGGAUGUGCAGGUGAUAUAUAAAAUAAAAACGGAACACGACCAAAAACACCUCUGGGACAAGCUCCAGAAACUGAAAGAAGAGAAAAAAGAAGGUGGGACCAUAGCAUUCCACCACCUUAAAUCCACGAGUGUCAUAAAACUCAGGAAAAUAUUGGAGGCAGUGUUCCAGGGAGCAAAAAACAGGCUAAUAAUAUACACCACGCGACGGAAACUCCAGGAGCAAGGAGAAGGAAAUCCCAAAGACAGGGAACGUACUACGGGCGGAGGAGACAGGAACACCUAUGCCUUGAUAUUAAAAAGUACAGGAGAUGACUACAAGGACACCCUUGCAAAGAUUAAAAACACCGUACAGGACCCCAAAAAUGCGAAACAUAAUUAA